GCUGAAUGUAAUCUUAAAAAAAAUUAGUCAUUGUUCGUUGUUGCUACGUAUCUUCUCUACAUUUUAAAAGAAAAUAUAUAUAGAGAAAAGAGCGAUAAUCGAGAAAAUAGAAGAAAAAAUUUGAUAUCUAACGAAACGAAUAAAAAAAGUUAAUCACGCACAUAUAUAUAUACCAUUAAAACUAUUGUACUUUUCCAAAGGAUAAAUACAAACGAAAAAAACAAUGACUACGGACAUAUCGGUUGUUCGUUGGGAUCCUAGCCAGGGGCCAGGUUCCGAAUACAUAGACGAAUACGAAUACGAUGGUGGGAAUUCCAGUUCACGUUUGUUUGAGCGUUCACGCAUUAAAGCACUUGCCGUAGAACGUGAAACAGUACAAAAGAAGACUUUUACCAAGUGGGUAAACUCACAUUUAUGCCGAGUAAACUGCAGGAUAGCUGACCUGUAUGUAGAUAUGCGAGAUGGCAAGAACUUAAUCAAGUUACUAGAAGUGCUAUCUGGCGAAAGACUGCCAAAACCAACAAAGGGAAAAAUGCGGAUUCACUGCUUAGAAAACGUAGACAAAGCUUUGCAGUUCUUAAGAGAUCAGAGGGUGCAUUUAGAGAAUAUUGGUUCACACGAUAUCGUUGAUGGCAAUGCAUCUUUAAAUUUAGGUUUGAUUUGGACAAUCAUCUUAAGAUUUCAGAUUCAAGAUAUUACAAUCGAAGAAGUCGAUAACAAGGAGACAAAAUCUGCUAAGGAUGCUCUUUUGCUUUGGUGUCAAAUGAAAACUGCCGGUUAUCAUAAUGUUAAUGUACGCAACUUCACAACUUCGUGGCGUGAUGGGCUUGCUUUUAAUGCAAUCAUUCACAAACAUCGCCCGGAUCUUGUUCAAUUUGAAAAACUCUCAAAAUCUAACGCAAUCCAUAAUUUAAACAAUGCAUUUAAUGUAGCUGAAGACAAACUUGGCUUGGCAAAAUUGCUAGACGCUGAAGAUGUCUUUGUUGAACAUCCAGACGAGAAGUCAAUCAUUACUUACGUUGUAACAUAUUACCAUUAUUUCAGCAAACUUAAGCAGGAAACAGUUCAAGGCAAACGCAUUGGCAAGGUAGUUGGAAUUGCGAUGGAAAAUGAUAAGAUGAUAAGUGACUACGAAGGUUUCACAACUGAUCUUUUAAAAUGGAUUGAGUCAACUAUAAAAUCUUUAAGCGGACGUGAGUUUGAAAAUUCGCUAAUUGGAGUCCAAGGUCAGCUGUCGCAAUUCUCAAACUACCGUACAGUGGAGAAACCACCUAAGUUUGUUGAGAAGGGUAACUUAGAGGUUUUGUUGUUCACACUUCAGUCAAAGAUGAGAGCUAACAACCAGAAGCCUUACACUCCCAAGGAAGGUAAGAUGAUUUCCGACAUUAACAAGGCUUGGGAACAUUUGGAAAAGGCUGAGCACGAACGUGAACUGGCUCUACGUGAAGAGCUGAUUAGACAAGAAAAAUUGGAGCAGCUAGCAGCGCGAUUUGAUCGCAAAGCCUCUAUGCGUGAAACAUGGCUGUCAGAAAAUCAAAGGUUGGUAAGCCAGGAUAACUUUGGUUUUGAUUUGGCAGCAGUAGAAGCAGCGGCUAAAAAACACGAGGCUAUUGAGACGGAUAUAUUUGCUUAUGAAGAGCGUGUUCAAGCUGUUGUUGCAGUUUGUGAUGAACUUGAAGCUGAGAAGUACCACGACAUUAAGCGUAUCCUACUGAGAAAGGAGAAUGUUAUGCGAUUAUGGAACUACUUACUGGAGUUGCUACGAGCUCGUCGCAUGCGUUUGGAAAUAUCUUUGCAGCUACAACAAAAUUUCCAAGAAAUGCUCUACAUUUUAGACAAUAUGGAGGAAAUCAAACAACUAUUGCUUACUGAUGACUACGGCAAACAUUUGAUGGGUGUAGAAGAUCUUUUGCAGAAGCAUUCUUUGGUAGAAGCAGACAUUAACGUGUUGGGUGAACGUGUAAAGGUGGUUGUGCAAAAUUCACAAAAAUUCCUCAGUGAUGAUCCUGAUUCAUACAAACCAUGUGAUCCUGAGAUUAUUGUAAGUCGUGUACAACAGCUUGAGGACGCUUAUGCAGAAUUAGUGCGCUUAGCUGUAGAGAGACGCAGUCGUUUAGAAGAGAGUCGAAAAUUAUGGCAAUUUUAUUGGGAUACUGCAGAUGAAGAGAAUUGGAUUAAAGAAAAGGAACAAAUUGUUAGUGCCGAUGAGGUGGGUCAUGACUUGACUACAGUUAAUCUUCUUUUAAGCAAACACAAGGCAUUGGAAUCAGAAAUAACGUCACACGACAACCAGUUGCAAAGUGUGGCCAAGGUUGGAGCUGAGCUCAUAACCGAAGGCCACUUUGGAGCCGAUCGUAUCAAGGAUCGUUUAAAGGAGAUACUUUCUAAAUGGGAUCAUCUUCUCGAUCUUACGAAAUACCGACGGCAGAGACUAGAAGAUGCGGUUGAAUACUUUCAACUAUUUGCUGAUGCUGAUGAUAUCGACAACUGCAUGUUGGAUACAUUACGGCUUGUUUCUAGCGAGGAUGUCGGUCGUGAUGAGGCAAACGUGCAAUCAUUAUUAAAGAAACACAAAAUCGUUGCUGAUGAGCUGGCUAACUAUGAAGAAGCAAUACAAGCUUUACACAAAAAUGCUGACAAGCUGAGCCUUAGUUCGCCAGAAAAGGAAAAAGUUGAUGAGCGCACUAAAGCAAUUGACUCUAGAUUUUCAGAGUUAUCAGAAUUGGCAAAACUCAGGAAACAGCGUCUAUUGGAUGCCCUUAGCUUGUACAAACUUAUGUCUGAGGCUGACGGAGUUGAACAGUGGAUAAACGAAAAAACUAAAAUGUUGGACACUAUGACACCAGGCAAAGAUAUCGAAGAUGUUGAAAUCAUGAAGCAUCGCUAUGAUGGUUUCGAUAAGGAAAUGAACGCAAAUGCUUCAAGAGUUGCCGUUGUCAAUCAGUUAGCAAGGCAAUUGUUACACGUUGAACAUCCAAACUCAAAUGAAAUACUUGAUCGGCAGAAUCAUCUCAACCAAGAAUGGUCCAGCUUAAGAGAGAAAGCUGAGGCAAAAAGAGAUGAUCUUAAAUCGGCACAUGGAGUACAAACGUUUUACAUUGAAUGCCGUGAAACAAUAUCAUGGAUUGAGGAUAAACAAAGAAUUCUUACGGAAACAGAUUCGUUGGAAAUGGAUUUGACUGGAGUAAUGACUUUGCAACGUCGUCUAAGUGGAAUGGAGCGUGACUUAGCUGCCAUCCAGGCCAAGCUUACUAGUUUAAGUAAAGAGGCUGAUGAUAUUGAAGCUGAACACCCAGAGGAAGCCAAAAUAAUACGCGAACGCAUUGCACAGAUCCAACUCAUAUGGGAACAACUAACACAGAUGCUAAAAGACCGAGACUCUAAAUUGGAAGAAGCCGGGGAUUUGCAUCGUUUCUUGCGUGAUCUAGAUCAUUUCCAGACUUGGUUGACAAAAACCCAAACAGACGUUGCCUCUGAAGAUACCCCUGCAUCCCUCCCUGAAGCAGAAAAACUUCUCAACCAACAUCAAUCCAUCCGAGAAGAAAUUGAUAAUUAUACGGAAGACUACAAAAACAUGAUGGAGUAUGGAGAACGACUAACAUCCGAACCAGGUACAACAGAGGAUCCACAAUACAUGUUCUUAAGAGAGCGUUUGAAUGCCUUGAAAGAAGGAUGGGAGGAACUCCAUCAAAUGUGGGAAAAUCGCCAAGUACUACUGUCACAAAGCUUAGAUCAACAGUUGUUCAAUAGAGAUGCCCGACAAACUGAAGUAUUGCUUAGCCAGCAGGAGCAUUUCUUAAGUAAGGAUGAUACACCAGUAAAUUUGGAACAAGCUGAAAACCAACUUAAGCGCCAUGAAGCGUUCCUUACCACAAUGGAUGCAAAUGAUGAUAAAAUUAACACUCUUAUUCAAGUCGCAGACACCCUUGUGGACAAAGAACACUUUGAUUCUGAUAAAAUUCACAAAAGGGCUGAAUUAAUUGGCGAAAGGCGUGACGGUAAUCGGGUGCGGGCCAUCGAACAACAUGAAAAGCUCCGCAAUCAAGUUAAACUCCAUGAAUUUCUUCAGGAUUUGGAGGAACUUAAUGAAUGGGUGCAAGAAAAGUACGUUACAUCUCAAGAUGAGACAUACCGCAGUGCAAAAACCAUUCAUUCUAAGUGGACUCGUCAUCAAGCAUUCGAAGCUGAAAUUGCAGCUAACAAGGAACGUCUUUUUGACGCUGAAAAAGCUGCUAAAGAAUUGAUGGAAGAGAAACCCGAAUUCAAGGAAGUUAUUUCACCAAAACUUAAAGAGCUUUCUAAGCAGUUUGAAGAUCUUGAGACACACACUAAAGAAAAAGGGGCGAUGUUGUUUGAUGCGAAUCGUGAGGUUCUCGUUCAGCAAACAUGUGAUGAUAUUGAUUCAUACAUUACUGAUUUAGAAAAACAAAUAGUUAAUGCUGAUACUGGUAAUGAUUUGACUUCAGUAAACAUUCUCAUGCAAAAACAACAAGUAAUUCAGACCCAAAUGGCUGUAAAAGCCCGACAGGUUGAGGAGAUAGAUAAACAAACUGAAUACCUUCAAAAGACUGUUCCAGACGAGAAAUUUGAACCGAUUAUUCACAAGAAGACCGCUGUAUUAGAGAGAUUUGAACGGAUUAAGGCACCGUUAGUUGAACGUCAGAUCCAAUUGGAAAAGAAAAAGGAAGCCUUCCAAUUUUGUCGUGAUGUAGAAGACGAGAAACUUUGGAUUCAUGAAAAAUUACCUGUUGCAAAUUCAAUGAACUAUGGCAAUUCUCUGUUCAAUGUUCAUGUCCUUAAGAAAAAGAACCAAUCUUUAGCAACUGAAAUUGAUAAUCAUGAGCCAAGGAUAAUGGCUAUUUGCACUAAUGGACGAAAACUAAUCGACGAGGGACACGAAGAUGCAGAGAAAUUCGAAAAUCUUAUUAAGGAGCUAACUCAGAAUUGGCAAGAGCUAAAAGAUUCCAUUGACAACCGUCGGAAGCAAUUGGAUCAGUCUGAGCAUGUCCAACAAUAUUUCUUCGAUGCUCAGGAGGCUGAAUCGUGGAUGAGUGAACAAGAGCUAUAUAUGAUGGUCGAAGAUCGUGGAAAGGAUGAGAUUAGCGCUCAGAAUCUUAUGAAAAAGCAUGAGAAUCUUGAACAAUCAGUAGAAGAUUACGCUAAUACGAUUCGUCAAUUGGGAGAAGUUGCCCGUCAAUUGACAGCCGACGAUAUUCCAUUUGGAGAUAGUGUAGCUGUGAAGCAAUCGCAAUUAGAUAAACUCUAUGCUGGACUUAAAGACCUCGCUGGUGAGAGACGUGCAAGAUUAAACGAAGCUCUUCAGCUGUUCAUGUUGAAUCGUGAAGUUGAUGAUUUGGAACAAUGGAUUACUGAUCGUGAAGUUGUAGCUGGAUCUUCUGAACUUGGUCAGGAUUAUGAUCAUGUAACGCUUUUGUCCGAACGUUUUAGGGAGUUUGCUCGGGACACCGAAUCUGUAGGAGGAGAGCGUGUUGCUAAAGCCAAUGGUAUCGCUGAUGACCUCAUAAAGGCGGGCCAUUCUGAUGCUGCUACAAUUGCGGAAUGGAAAGAUAGUCUAAACGAAUCAUGGCAGGAUCUUUUAGAACUAAUUGAAACACGGACACAAAUGUUGGCCGCUUCGAGGGAGUUGCAUAAGUUCUUCCACGAUUGCAAAGAUGUUCUAAGUCGAAUUGUUGAGAAACAACAUGGGGUAUCUGAUGAACUUGGACGUGAUGCUGGAUCUGUAUCAGCUCUACAACGCAAACAUCACAAUUUCAUGCAAGACCUCAUGACACUUUACACCCAAGUACAGCAAAUUCAAGAAGAAUCUGCCAAACUUCAAGAUUCAUAUGCUGGCGACAAGGCUAAAGAAAUUACAAACCGCGAACAAGAAGUACUGCAGGCUUGGUCGAAUCUUCAAGCUAUGUGCGAUGCCAGAAAAAUGAAAUUAGCAGAUACUGGCGAUCUGUUCCGGUUCUUCAAUAUGAUCAGAAUUCUCAUGAUUUGGAUGGAAGAUGUUGUAAGACAAAUGAACACAUCAGAAAAACCACGAGAUGUGUCUGGCGUUGAACUUUUAAUGAAUAACCACCAAAGUCUGAAAGCAGAAAUAGAUACGAGAGAAGAUAAUUUUUCGGCUUGCUUAUCUCUGGGUAAAGAGCUGCUGUCGAGAAGUCAUUAUGCAUCGGCUGAUAUCAAAGAUCGUUUAUUGCAAUUGACUAAUAGCCGAAAUGCUUUGCUUAACCGAUGGGAAGAACGGUGGGAGAAUCUGCAAUUGAUAUUGGAAGUAUACCAAUUUGCUCGAGAUGCUGCGGUUGCUGAGGCAUGGUUGAUUGCACAAGAACCAUAUUUGUUGUCAGCAGAGUUGGGCCAUACAAUUGACGAAGUCGAAAAUUUAAUUAAAAAACAUGAAGCAUUUGAAAAGUCAGCGGCUGCACAGGAAGAACGUUUCAGUGCACUUGAGCGAUUAACAACGUUUGAACUCAAAGAAAUGAAACGACGACAAGAAUUGGCCGAAGAAGCUGAACGACUACGCUUACGCGAGGAAUUAGCAGCUAAGGCUGCAGCUGAAGCAGCUGAACAAGCUAAAAGAGAAGCCGAAAAUCAAGAUUCCUUAGAUGCAGCUUCACCCGAUCAAGAUAACGUAAUUUUGAGAUCGUCGCCUACAUUGGAAAAAGAAGCUCCCACCACCACCCAAUCAGAAACUCAUUCGGAAACCAAACCACGCAUUAAACGUCAUAGCCUCAAUGGAACUAUACGUAUUGGGAGCCGUUCACGUUCGAAAAGUCCAUUUAGGAGUUUUCGAUGGAAGCGUAGUUCCUCAAAACUGGGUUCAGAUGAUGAUGAAGAACGGACGAGCCAGGCUUUCGAGGAAGGUGUUGAAGGUUAUUUAACAAGAAAACAUGAGUGGGAGUCCACCACAAAGAAGGCUUCAAACCGAUCAUGGGACAAGGUUUAUUUAGUUGCCCGCGCAGGUCGUCUCACGUUCUAUAAAGAACAAAAAGGUUACAAAUCCAAUCCAGAAAUUACUUUCCGUGGCGAACCUAGUAUGGACCUACAGGGUGCCUCUAUUGACAUCGCUAGCGAUUACUUGAAGAAAAAACAUGUUCUGCGAAUAAAGCUCUCAAAUGGUGGAGAAUUUUUAUUACAAGCACAUGAUGACUCUGAAAUGAGCCAAUGGGUGAACGCGCUAAAAGCACAGAGCGACCAAUUAUCUAUUGCUGAAGGCCGCUCCCAAACUCUUCCAGCGACAUCGCAGAAGGAUGAACCAAAACGCCGUUCAUUUUUUACUCUUAAAAAGAAGUAAUUAAUUUAAAAAUUAAAAGAUAAAUAUACAAAAAGUAUGAAACAAAAAUUUAGAAGUUAAAACUAUUUUUAAAAAACGAAAUAAGUAAAAUUAAUUAAUAUUAUAAAUUUAUUUAUGGACCCUUCAUAUUUACUAAAAAAAAUAUCAUUAUAUUUUAUUGCCUUCCCAGCUGUCUUUUAUUUUAUUUUCUACUUUAAGAAUAGCUCUUCAAGCGUAUUAAAAUACACAUAUAUAAAAAAGCUAUACAAAUAGGUUUAUAAUUUAAAAACAUGAACAAACAUACAAAAUAUAGAAAAAGAUAUAAAUAAAUAUUUAUCUCCAUCUUUCAA